UUAUAUAUCACACACACUGCAUGCUAAUGCGACCAAUUCUCAAUGAGCACUAAAACACAUCUUAAAAUUAGCUCAUUCUGUUGUCUGAGUUCAAACUGCCUGACUCGGCAACAGAGGGAACAUAUCAUCAGAAUUCCCCCUUUGGCAAUACCUGCUGAUUGGGUCCUAAAAAAGCAAGCAGCUUUUAACUUUUAAUAUUUGGCUCCCGAGUUCUGCCACGAGUAGUCGCGAAAGAUAGAUUCUCCCUCAGAAGAUUUCCCCCAUUUUUUGGAGGGUAGAAAUAAAAAAUCCAUCAGUGCGGUUUUUUUUUAAUCUUCAGUUAAAAUCUCAGUGCGUGUGUGAGCGCGCAUGUAGGCUUUCUGCUGGAGAAGUUUAAGCGAAACUUUAAGGAUGAUAUACCUUGGAUGUUUCCUGUUGCUCUGUGGGCUUACGCAUGUCAUGGCAAGUUAUCCCAUCUGGUGGUCACUAGCAGUGGGCCACCAGUACUCGUCACUGGGCACUCAACCCAUCCUCUGUGGCAGCAUCCCCGGUCUGGUGCCCAAGCAGCUACGCUUCUGCCGGAACUACGUGGAAAUCAUGCCCAGUGUAGCCGAGGGGGUCAAGAUUGGCAUUCAAGAGUGCCAGCAUCAGUUCAGAGGCCGACGCUGGAACUGCACCACGGUCAAUGACAAUCUGGCCAUUUUUGGGCCAGUGUUAGAUAAAGCAACUCGAGAGUCAGCAUUUGUUCAUGCUAUUGCCUCAGCCGGAGUGGCGUUUGCAGUGACCCGUGCCUGCGCUGAGGGUUCAGCCACCAUCUGCGGAUGUGACACCCGCCACAAGGGUCCCCCUGGUGAGGGAUGGAAGUGGGGUGGCUGCAGUGAAGAUGUGGAGUUUGGGAGCAUGGUGUCCCGGGAGUUUGCUGAUGCAAGGGAGAAUCGCCCUGAUGCACGCUCAGCUAUGAACCGCCAUAACAAUGAGGCAGGAAGAAUGUCUCUCAAUGACAACAUGUUCCUGAAGUGUAAGUGCCAUGGUCUGUCGGGCAGCUGCGAGGUCAAGACGUGUUGGUGGUCUCAGCCUGACUUCCGAGUUAUUGGCGACUACAUGAAGGAUAAGUAUGACAGCGCAUCAGAGAUGGUGGUUGAGAAACAUAAGGAGUCCCGCGGAUGGGUGGAGACCCUGAGACCCAAGUACAACUACUUCAAACCCCCCACAGAGCGCGACCUGGUUUACUACGAAAGCUCACCCAAUUUCUGUGACCCCAAUCCCGAGACGGGCUCCUUUGGUACCCGCGAUCGCAUCUGUAACCUGACGUCCCACGGUAUAGACGGGUGUGACCUCCUCUGCUGCGGCAGAGGUCACAACACCAGGACUGAGAAGAGAAAGGAGAAGUGUCACUGUAUUUUCCACUGGUGCUGCUACGUCAGCUGUCAGGAGUGUGUAAGAGUCUAUGAUGUGCACACUUGCAAAUAAGGACGCCUGGUUCUUGCCUUUUCUCACCAAAAUUUAAAGACUUCAGUGGGCAGAAGAACAAAUACAGCAACUUAUCUACAAGACAUGAGAGACUGUAAAGCUGUCUGACCUGUUCGCAGACUCCAGGGGCAGACGCAACAGCCUUGUGUUUUGCGCUGUGAUGCUAAAAAGAGCCAGAUCUGCCUUGAUCAACUGAAAUGAUUAGAUGUUGACAUCACAAUGCAUCAUCUAUAUGAACAGCGAUGGUGAUGAUGACAACAAUGUUGAUAUCUCUAGCAAUGACGAAAGAGUUUUCAUGUACUGACGUAGGAAAGGAGAACUGUCGGCUAAUUGACAAACACCAUAUUGGUGAUUUUUUUUUUUCCCAUGUUCCAAGUAGUUAUUUUUGUUGAGAAUAGUACAGCACUGCCAAUGCUUUCAAGUCUACGGGGCAAACAAUGAAAGUUUUACAUUUUCUUUUAAUCACAAUUUGUUUUUGCCACAAAAAGUGAGCAAUGUACAUCAUGAGACACUCAACAGCAUGCAUUCUCCUCAACAUUAUAAGUAUGUAUGUGUACAUCUGAAAACUAACAUUAUCGUUGUGUGAAUGAGGUUUAUUAUAGUGUUAAUAUGUUACUGAUGUUUGGGUAAGAAUGCACUUGCACCUGAGUGAAUGUAGUUUUAUGCUGCAAUGUGUUUACAUAUUCUCACAUUCUUAAGCUAACGAGUUAAUAUCUGCUUUAAAUGACUAACUUUAUCUCGAGAGUAGACGUGAGCCACAUCAACUAAACAUCGGCAAAACAAGAAUACACACAGUUGCACAUUUCCUGCACAUUUCCUGAAACACCAACCUGGUAUCUCUCCCAGCUUGUCAGAUACGGAAGCUUGGUCAGUGGCCCUCAGAGGCACCCUUUAGCAGUGGUAUGAGGCGCGUGGAGCAGUGGUAUUUUUCGACACUCUGAGCGGCUGCCAUAGUAUAAAGAGCAAUUAGGUUAACUUCAAACUUCAGCUGAGAGGCCGCUGUUCAGGUCUUGUUUGAAGCCAAAAGUCAAUCCAGUUGUUUUAAAAACAACGUUGUGUGCUAAAUUGUGUUGCAUGCUCUGCUAGUAUGUCAUGAGACGUUGCACUACGUAAAUGUAGUUCAGUCAGGAACACUUUAGUCAAAGAAAGCUUAAUUUCCAUUUGCAGUAUUAUAUUUGGAUAUAAUACCUUUUAUAACUGCCUUUCCUCGGGCCUGUGGAAAGCACAAGGCAAAGAGAGCACACCUCUCUGCCCUUCCACACGCCUGCGUGGAAAGCCCUUUGGGGGUGAUCACACAGAAAUGAGACGCUAGAGACGCGGACGCUUCAAAGACGCUUGAAACGCUGGAAGCGCUUUUUCAAUGCACGCUAGCUACUGGCGUCUGACACUCAAAAAGUUGAAAAGAUUUUAACUUUUCAGCGUCUAUGCGCGUCUAAAAACGUGCAUCUAAAAAGAAGCGUCUACAAAAACUCGCAUCUAAAAAGAUGCCGGAAAAACGCCCGUCUAAAAAGACGCUUGAAUGCCGGUCAGACGCGCUGUAUCAUAGGAAAACAAUGGUUUUACUGGCGUCGCGUUUCUGGCGUUUUAUCUCGGUGUGAUUGCUCCCUAAGGCAGAGAGAGCGACCCCCCCUGCCCUUCCAUGCGCCUACAUGGAAAGCCUGAGGCAGAGAGAGCAAAACAGCAGCAAAGACCCCCCCAGGAACAGAACAGAGCAGCAUCAAUGACAGAAAUGACACUGAUAAGUCAGAUACAACAUGAAAAGGAGGAGCUGGGGUGGAGGCAGGUUGCAAAGUGGCUUGCAGAGGAAGCAGCAACAGUAGGCAGGCCAGAGCAGUUUAUAUAGGGUGCCCUGAAUGAGAUUCGCCAAUUGGUUGCAUAGAAAGGAAUCAUGUGAUCUAUCAGCUGACUCCCUUCCAUCAGUCAGCUGCUCCAUCAGUUGACUGGGAUGUUUGAGAUCAGCUGAUGUAGCUGGGAUGUGAGCUGAGCUUGACAUCGUGUCCUGCCUGAACUAACGCUAUGCUCAAUUUAUUUUAUGCCAAACCAUGAUGGGUUUUUUCUGAACUAACCACAUGGUUUUGUUGCCCAAACCUAUGGAGGUAAAUUUAAAAAAGUUUUAAUCUACAUUAUAAAUUUAUUUUGAAAAGAGGCUGCAUGCAUUAAAUAGAUGUUAAAUGUACAUUUUCUGUGAGAACGAAAGUUUAUUUUUAUACGACAGUGCAUGUAACCAGCGUCACUUGAAUGGGCCAUCCAUGACUGUCAAAUAUCAAUGCUGGAGGGGCACCUAGAGCGUUCAGGGCCACUGACCAAGUGUCAGUAUUUGAUGAGUUGGGAGUGAGAAUGUGUUGGAAACACCUGAAAACACUGGAAGCUUUUUCUUAAGAGUAACAAUGCUUUGAACAACAUCGAUAGUUUUGACCAAAGACAAGAAAAGGAAACCCCCCCGGUCAGUUUGUGGUGGUCAGAAAGCUGUAAAAGUAUCUGAAAGGUCAGCACUUGUGUGUCCCGUCAAGAAAUAUGAAGCAUGUUCUCCUUGUUUUUAUCAGUAUUAGCAAUGUCUCAUGUGACUGGGUGUGGGGAAACUGUUAUUUAUAAGAAAAAAAGGGAUAUUCCCACUAUAUUUUUGUUUCAUUUACACACAUAUAUUCUUUUAUUUUAAUAUUUCACGAAAUAGAGGUAAAUUCUGUUCUCCCUGGAAAAAUAAAACACAAAUGGCAAACACACCGCAAACCAAGCUGUAUGAUAUAAGCUCUGUAUAAUGCAGUAUAAUUUGCAGUUGUGGUAAAAUGAUGACCAAAACCUGUGCAUGAGAUGAUUCUCAGCUGUGGCUUCUUGUUCCCCAAACUAAACAACAAGCAGCAUCACUGAAACUAUCAAUACUUCCCUUAUUUUAAUGCUGCUAAGUAAAGAUAAUAUUUGUGUGUGUGUGUUUAUGUAUAUGUGUAUGUGUGCGUGGUGUGUGCGCAUGUGUUUAGGUCCUUACAUACAGUAUGUCUUUGUUUAUAUCCUUGCAUGUAUUUGAUUCUUUCUGUGAAAGAAAUCUACGAUAUGUAGUUUGGAAAAAAAAAUGUGAAGUUUUGACUAAUUCUUGCAUACAGUAAUUUCCAUUUUAACUAAAUAGACCACAAUAGAGUUUAUUUUAUUUUAGUUGCCUAUGGUUUUGUAGUCAUGCUAAACAUCAGGGCAAAAAUGAUUCAUGUUGUUCUCCCUUAAUUUGAGAAGAAAUACAACACAGUAUUUAUUUAUUUGGAAAGUGAAAAACUACUGAAAGCUGAGACAAGUAACAUAAUGUUUGUGAAAAUGUGCAUGUGCCAUUUCACUGAUAGCUUCAGCUGUAAAGAGGUGCGUAAAGUCACUGAUGAAUUAUUGUUUACAGCCAAUGUAAUGCUACGUCUCAGGCAUGUGUAGUUCUCAGAUUUUAAAGGUCCAGUGUGUAGGAUUUAGUGGCAUCUCAUGGUGAGGCUGCAGAGUAGGAGAACUACAAUGGCUCAUGCGAAAACACAAAUACCUGUCUGUAGCCAGUGUUUAAUUUGUCUGUUCUGGGCUACUGUAGAAACAUGUCAGACUCAGUGGAAGAGGACUCACUCUGUACGUAAACAUAAACGGCUCAUUCUAGGCCAAUGAAAACACAGUGAUUCUAAUUUUCAGGUGAUUAUAUACUAAUAAAACCAUAGUUAAAUCCCCCCUAAAUCCUACAGACUGGACCUUUAAUCAAA